AUGGAUCAUGGUGUUGUCAUGUACAGUCUGUUGAUUUGUAAGAAGAGUUCGCAGAACGGGACAGGGAACGUCUCUAAAGGUCAGGAGUGUUUUUGUAAGGGUUACGGUAGCGGUGCAUUUUCAGCUACUGACACCUUAACAUUCGGAAAGCCGAUAACCCUCAAGGUCAUACCAAAAGAUGCAGCGCCAACUCCUCCGUUUCUGUCCAUCUUGUCCCCUUUCAAUGGCAAAGGACCAGAUAUUUGUCUGGCCGCCGGGUUCUUUCCUCAAGAAAAGACUAUGACUUUGAAUGUGAAAGGGAAAGAACCUGAGAAUUUUACCACCAGCAAUGCACCUUUGUUCAAAUCGUCCAAAACCUAUUAUUAUGCUGGAUCCCCUGAUGAUGAAAUCCAAAAAUGCCAAAUGGAUGAAGAAACUGCAGACAAAACUCCUGACACUCCUGUCACGACAGAUAAACCCGAAAAACUGACUCCACAGUCUUGUGAAACAAAUGCUAGAACUUCUGCCUCAGGGUUCAUAGACACUGGUGAUCCAAAAAUGAACUUCAUGAAUCUUCUUGUGACAGGUCUGAGAAUUCUGCUUGCUAAAUGUGUUGCAGUUAAUGUAAUGAUGACUGUAAAGGCAUUCGUAUUUUAAAAGUUCAAUCCAGCCAAAUCAUCUGAAUAAUCUCAAUUUUGAACUGGAGCUUGAUCGAACCCUGACAAACAAACAAAUGCGGUUAUACAGUCAGUCACAGGGUCAGUAUUAAUCUAUAUUCUGUCUAAUAAUGUUAAAUGGAAUGAAAAAUACAAAUUGUUAGUAAUGUCUUUCAUAUAUAAAGAAUAUCGACAAACAUUGCAAACCUUUUUGACAUUUAGAAACAUUUCUGAAUUCAGUGGUGUAAUGUGCGUAUUGCUUUGCAAUGGUGUGUGUAUUUUCUGGCUUUAGUUGCAAACAGGUGCAAGUAAAUUUUUUGUAUACUUUUAAAUUUUUUACUUUUUUAAUUUUUUUACAUAACAGCAUUGCAUUGUUUAAGACUUUUACAUUGUCUAAUUGUGUAACGGAUUACCAUUUGACUUAACUAUUGAGG